AAGGUCACGAACUACAGUUCGUCUGCACCGGGCAGGGCCUUGUAUAACCGCUGGCUGAUCUGGGAAAUAUGAUACAUUCGGUUUUAACUGUUUCAAUUUCAACUGUUAAUGGCUCUGGCUCCAGGCACACUGAGUCAAUACAAGGUCACAAUUAUUAAUACGCAAACAUGGGUUUUAAGAACCAAUUGCAGCUGUUGCUGUGGAAAAACUUCACUCUGCGCCGCCGACAACCUGUGAGAGUUGUCAUCGAGAUUUUGUGGCCUCUUGCUCUCUUUCUUAUCUUGGUAGCAGUUCGAUUCCGACCAGGUCUUAAGGAAAACCAACCAGAAUGCCAUUAUGAAGGCAAGGCCAUGCCCUCUGCAGGUAUUGUACCCUUUCUGCAAUCCUACAUCUGCACAUUCAGUAACGACUGUUUAAAUUCUACUGAUGAUGAGCAGCCUGGAUCUGUGCCAACAUUCAAUAAUUCCUUAAUCUCAUUACUUGUUCAAGAUGUGCAGACCAUUUUGGCCAGUAAAGUGGACAGAGCACUGAUAAAAAACAUAGUCCAAGAUGUUCAGACUCUGCAAAAACUGCUCAAUAUCAUCCAGAAUGGCUCAAGCACAGGUACUAUUGCAAUAGGUGGAUUGCUACUGGAUCCAGAGCAGCUUAGGCAGAUUGUGUCCAGCCAAAAUAUCAGUUUAACUCCAGAGGCCAUAGAGACACUGCUGAAUGCUUCUGUUUCUGCAAAACAGAUUUUUCCAGCACUGAGAAAUAUGUCAGGACAAGGUUUCACCUUCCAGAAUGGAACAGGAAUUCUUGGAAAUUUGACAGCUUUGAUACCAUACCUUAUGGGGUCUCGUACCAAUGGCAGUCUCAACAGCACACUAUUUGUUCUACGGAAACAGGCGUGUGAUGAAGAUAUGUUGCAAAAGUGGCUUUCAUUUUCUAAUGUAACAGCUGCACACAACCUUCAGACACAGCUGUGCAACCUGACUCUACAAGAGGGCAUGGAGCUGCUUCAGGACUUCAGAGAUGCUUUGGAUGCAAACAAAACUUUGCAAGAGUUUCAAAGCUUAGUGACUCAGAAUACUGGAUUACCACUUACCACCAACCUCGAGGUGCUAAGGGAUCUUAUGCAAAUAGCAAAUGAUAUAAGACAGCUGGGGAGUCUACAGUCUAUGGUCUCUGAUUUCUCUAAACAAGCCAGCGAAUUGAGGGAAUCCAGGACAAACACCACAGACCAGUGGAAUGUCAGCACAGUUCUCUCAUUUUUUGUGUGUGGCCGCUCAUCUGUCUUCAACCAGCGUUUUAGUAGUACUAGUAACACUCAAAAUUUGACAAAGGAGGAUAUUAGUCUUCAGUCAGACACCUGUGUGGCAUCAUCAAGUACUGACAGUAGUGACACCAGAUAUAAAAUGUCAAGUUCAAGUGUGGAACUAUAUGGUCGUCUCCAAAGCAAUGCUUAUAUCUGGAACCAGAUCAAGCCCAUAUUACUUGGUGUUAUUCCAUAUGCACCUGAUACUCCAGCUGUUCGCAAAAUCAUAAAGGAAGCAAACCGCACUUUUGCAAGCAUGGGAUCUGUUGUUGAUCUUACAACUCAGUGGAUGAAUUUUUAUCCCCGACUGUACAACUAUAUGGAUAAUAAGCCCAUUAUUGAAUUACUGAAGAAUUUAAUCAAGCCAGUCUGUACACUUUUGGAUUCCAGACUUUUACAACUGUUCAAUCUUCCUUUCAAUAUCCCAGUUCGAAAUCAACAACAGCUGAAUCUUACAGCUGUUUGUGACUACCUAGAAAAGUUUCUUGGAAAUGAAGGCUCUGCAAAAUAUAACUGGAAAGAUGCUCUAAACAAUACCAACUAUUAUAUUCAGCUGGUGAAUAAUUACUCUCAGUGCUUUAGAUUUGACAAAUUCCAGCCAUAUUCGUCUGAAGCAGAACUUGUUAAAGAGAGUUUGCAUCUAAUUGGAAACAAUACUUUCUGGGCAGCAUUGAUUUUUGAGAUGGAAGACAAUGGUGAUACACUGCCAACAUUUAUCAAGUAUAAGAUUCGAAUGAAUUCUGAUUACGUGGACAGCACAAAAAAAUUCGAGACAAGUAAAUAUUGGAGACCUGGGCCACGUGCAACGCCUAUUCAGGACACUAAAUACACAACAUAUGGCUUUGCCCACAUUCAAGAUAUGGUGGAUCAUGCUAUCAUCCGACUGCAAACAAACAUCACUCAGGAAGUGGGUGUCAUCUUACAGCAGUUUCCUUACCCCUGUUGGAUCAAAGACAGGUUCGUGUUUGCAAUUUCCAGAAGCUUGCCAUUGUUUAUGAUUAUUUCCUGGAUCUACUCCGUGGCUAUGAUUGUGAAGGGAGUAGUGUAUGAGAAGGAGAUGCGUCUGAAAGAAGUGAUGAAGAUAAUGGGACUGGGUAAUGGUGUGCACUGGCUAGCCUGGUUCAUCAACGCCCUUGUCAUCAUGUUCAUCACCGUUAUUCUUUUCUGCUUCGUGUUGAAGGUGGGCAGGGUUCUCGAACACUCGGAUCCAACAGUGAUUUUUGCUUUCAUGCUGACAUUCACUAUAGCCACCAUCAGCCAGUGUUUCCUCAUUAGUGUCUUCUUCAGUCGUGCAAUGGCAGCUGUAUGUGGAGGGUUUAUCUACUUCAUCUUGUACUUGCCUUACACUCAGCUGGUUCAGUGGGAAGACUAUACAGACACAAUCUCUCAAGCUACCCAGUGUCUGUCAUCAAACAUAGCCUUUGGCUUUGGCUGUGCCUACAUUGCACGAUAUGAGGAACAGGCAAUAGGCUCCCAGUGGCACAACAUAGAUAAAAGUCCUGUUCCUGAGGAUACCUUUAACCUGCAAGCCUGCAUAUGGAUGAUGCUCCUUGAUACCUGUCUCUACCUUUUACUCACCUGGUAUAUUGAAGCUGUUUUUCCAGGACAAUAUGGAAUUCCACGUCGAUGUUAUUUUCCCUUCCAACGCUCAUACUGGUGUGGGGCGCAUAGAAAAGGAGAUAACCAUAUUGGGGAUGACUUCCAGUAUAGCCUUCAGGGUUUCUACAUUAACCACCCCAACCCACAACCCUACUUUAUUAACAGAAGACACCCCAAUUUUGAGGAGGAGCCUGCUGACAGGCCUGUGGGAGUAGCAGUUCGUAAGCUGCGGAAAGUGUACAGCAAUGGCAACAAGUUGGCUGUAGACAAUCUUACCAUUAACUUUUAUGAAGGUCAAAUCACUUCCUUCCUUGGCCAUAAUGGAGCAGGCAAAACCACCACUAUGUCAAUUCUGACAGGACUUUACCCUCCAACCAGUGGUACAGCCUACAUCUAUGGGAAAGACAUAACCUUGUCCAUGGAUGAGAUUCGCCAUUCCCUUGGCAUGUGUCCCCAGCACAAUGUCCUUUUUGAUCAGCUAACAGUGGAGGAACACAUCUGGUUCUAUGCACGACUGAAGGGAAGAUCUGAAGCUGAAGUACAGAGAGAAAUGCCACAAAUGAUAAAGGAUGUUGGGCUGCCACAUAAGUCAAAAGAGAAAUCCUGCAAUCUUUCAGGUGGGAUGAAGCGCAAGCUGUCAGUGGCCAUAGCUUUUGUAGGAGGAUCAAAAACUGUUAUUCUGGAUGAGCCAACAGCUGGUGUGGAUCCUCAUGCCCGACGAUCUAUCUGGAAACUCUUGUUAAAGCUUCGGAAAGGGCGCACCAUCAUUCUUUCCACCCACCAUAUGGAUGAAGCAGAUGUACUGGGCGAUCGUAUUGCAAUCAUCUCCCAUGGCUCCCUGUGCUGCCUUGGAUCCAGCCUUUUUCUCAAGAACCAAUUUGGCAGUGGUUAUUAUCUUACACUGGUCAAAGCCUCCGACUCUGAUAGGAAGAAGAAUCCCAAUGAAGGAAAACCACUGCUGCCUGAGCUGUAUGAUGAGAGCCUUUUUGGUGGUGCCUCCUCCGUCCGUCCAGUAUCAGCUUCUUCUGUCAGAAUCACCACACAUAUUCAGGAUGCUGUGGCUGAUGAAGGGUUUGAGGACAGCCAUAAUGUCCCUGUUCGUCCACCUGGUGGUGAUUCAGCAAUAUCAGAAUUCUCCCUCAUUCGCCUGAGGGCAUUCAUAGAGAAGUAUGUGCCUGAUGCAAAGCUGGUAGAGGACAACAGUAUGGAGGUAUGCUUCCAGAUACCAGAUUCAUCUGCCAAAUCAGGAUGCCUGACUACCCUGUUUGCAGAGCUUGAGAAAUUCUGUCAUCAUUUGGGUGUCUCCAGUUAUGGCAUUUCUGACACUAGCUUGGAGGAGGUUUUUCUAAAAGUUACAGAAGAAAACUCAAAUGCAGAAGAAGAUAAAGAUGAGAACACACGCAGAAAGCUAGAUGUCAUUACAGAUCAUGGUCGCUAUCCUCGCCCAGUAUCUAGACUAAGUUUCCGUAGCAAAAUAAGAAACACCUUUUUCUCUAACCAUGUGGAUGCUAAAGAGCUGCUGGAUGAUACUGAUGAUACAAGAAGGGAAAAACAUGCUUCUCUUGGAGGUUCAGAAGGCUCCAGUGCAUCAGCUGAAGAGGGAAACACUUUCAGUGGAGCAGGAAAAAUUCAAGUCACUGGAAGACAGCUCACUUUAAGUCAGAUUAUUGCUUUGCUUAUCAAGCGCUUCCACCAUGUCCGCCGCAGCAAGAAAGGCUUCAUUUGUGAGUUUGUCCUUCCUGCAGCCUUUGUGUGUCUGGCCAUGGUCUUUUCACUCAUCCAGCCUCCUGUUGAAGACAUGCCACCCCUAGAACUCCAUCCUUGGCAUUACCAGCCUACCAAAGGAGACAGCAGCCUCUAUAUUUUCUUUAGCAAUGACAAUCCAUCACAAGGUCACGCCAGGAAGCUGGAGGAAACUUUACUAAAUUCACCCUUCCAUGGAGCUCGGUGCAUGAAUCCUGACGUAUAUACAAUCAGUGGCUACAGCUGCUUGUCAUCAGAUACUGGGAGCUUCUCAGCCUCACCCAAACUGACUGGUGAUCCCAGCAAAGACUUUCCAGCAUGCUCUUGUGAUUCUGGAUUCCAGCGCUGCCCAGAUGGUGCAGGGGGACCAGAGCCAGCCCGCCGCUUUUUGCCAGUGAAUGAUAACCUGUACAACAUGACUGGCAGAGAUAUUCCUGACUGGCUUCUGAAAACUAUGGAGCAGUACAUGAUACGCAGAUUUGGUGGUUUCUCCUUUGGUGAUGAAAACCCUUUGUCUCGUCUGAAUGCAAGCCAGAUGACUGCAGCAAUCAGUGAUAUUGUAUUGGCUGUUACUAAUGGGACAACCACCCUUCCAGACAGUGUGGUCAGAGAUGCUGAGGAGUUCUUCAAUAAUGCUGUGGUGCAGGAUAAUGCAAAAGUCUGGUUCAACAACAAAGCUUGGGCAUCUAGUGUGGCCUACAUGAGUUCCCUUAACAACAUUAUUCUACGCAGCUAUCUUCCACCCUCCAAGUGGCAAGACUAUGGCAUUGUCACUGUCAAUCAUCCAAUGAACUUUACCAAAGGCCAGCUGGAUAGGGAAUCCAUCAUGAACAGUGCUGUGAAUGUGGUUGUCGCCAUCUGUGUGAUCUUCGCCAUGUCCUUUGUGCCAGCAAGCUUUGUCCUUUUCCUAAUUGAGGAGCGAGUCUCAAGCAGCAAGCAUUUGCAGUUUGUCAGUGGCAUCAACCCCACUAUAUACUGGGUCACCAACUUCAUGUGGGACAUGAUGAAUUACCUUAUUCCAGCUGUCCUGUGCAUAUUCAUCUUCCUAGCAUUUGGGAAAGAAGCAUAUGUUUCAGCACAGAAUGCUCCAUGUCUUGUUGCCCUUCUCUUCUUAUAUGGGUGGGCUAUCACACCAAUGAUGUAUCCUUUCUCCCGCCUCUUCUCAGUGCCAAGCUCUGCAUUUGUGGCACUCUCCUGUGUCAAUGUCUUCCUAGGCACUGUGUCGACACUGGCCACCUUCAUUCUGGAGCUGCUGGGCCGAGAAGACCCUGAUCUGGAAGAAAUCAAUACCAUCCUUAAACAAGUGUUUCUUUUGCUGCCACAUUACUGCCUUGGUCGAGGCCUUAUCGAUAUGGCUACCAAUCAGUUGAUAGUUGAUCUUGCAGCUAGAUAUGGGGUAACGUGUACCUACAAGAUGUUCCAGUGGAAUUAUGUGGGUCGCAAUCUCUUUGCUCUCUUUAUGCUUGGAAUUCUUUUCUUCAUCAUCAACUGGCUAAUUGAGUACAAGUUCUUCAUUACAUGGAGGUUUAAUUCAAGUAAGACAGAACACAAAUCACAGGAAGUGGAGGAUGUUGACGUUGCCAAAGAAAGGCAGAGGGUUCUGUCUGGUGGGGCUGACGGUGAUGUCAUGAAGCUGGAGAAUCUCACAAAGGUCUGUUUACUGGGCUCCAGGCAAGAAAGGCAAGAUGAAGCUGUAGAUCACCUGUGUGUUGGCAUACCACAGGGUCAGUGCUUUGGACUGUUGGGGGUGAACGGUGCUGGUAAAACCACCACCUUCAAGAUGCUGACUGGGGAUGUAGAUGUUACCAAAGGAGAUGCUCAAAUCAGUGGGCAUAGCAUCAAGUCCGACAUGGUGAAAGUUCGACAACACAUGGGAUACUGUCCACAGUUUGAUGCUCUUGACUCUCUCCUGACUGGAAGAGAACAUCUUGAGUUCUAUGCUCGUGUCCGAGGCAUUUCACGAAAAAACAUCAGAUCGGUGGCAGGCUGGGCUAUCAGUAAGCUGGGUCUCACUCUUUAUGCUGACAAGGUGGCAGGAAGCUACUCCGGUGGCAACAAACGUAAACUGUCAACGGCCAUUGCACUCAUUGGCAAUCCUCCCAUUAUAUUUCUGGAUGAACCAACAACAGGCAUGGAUCCCAAAGCCAGAAGAUUUUUGUGGAAUUGCAUCAACAAAAUUGUCAAGUCUGGCCGCUCUGUUAUCCUCACCUCCCACAGCAUGGAGGAGUGUGAGGCACUUUGUGGACGACUGGCUAUCAUGGUCAAUGGCACCUUCAAGUGCAUUGGAAGCAUCCAGCAUCUGAAGAAUAGGUUUGGCAAUGGGUACACCAUCAUCUUGCGGGUGUCUGGUCAGAAUCCUGAAUAUGGAGCCUGUGAUGAAUUCAUUUCAAACCAAUUUCCUUCAGCUGUUCUGCAUGAACAACAUCACAACAUGCUACAGUAUCAGCUGGGCUCCCACAACCUGUCACUGGCACAGCUUUUUGCAGCCAUGGAAGAGGCCAAACAUCAUUUCUUUGUUGAAGAUUACUCCAUUUCUCAGACAACACUUGAUCAGGUUUUCAUUAACUUUGCAAAGAAUCAAACAGAUAUUUUAGAUGACACAUCAGAUUCACCCGAAAAUAUGGGAAGAAGUGUUCAAAAUUCAGAAGUACCACACAUCACUAGUACAGAACUUGAUGAUAGUGGGACAGUGAGAACAAGAGCACUGUUGAAUACAUCCAGCAAUGGAAAUGCUUACCAGAAUUUCCAGCCACCAAGCCCUCGGCGGCUAUUGGUAGUAGACGGAGAUGAUGAAAGCUUGUCAGACAGCAUUGCUGGCAGUGUAACAGGCAGUACCUUUGAGCUGAUACCUCCCAGCAGCAGUCGCAGGAAAGGCACAAGAGAUGGCUUGGCUGAUGUUUCUAUAGCUUAACUCUGGCCAGAGAGUUUGAGGACUUUUUCCAUGUGAUUAUCAUUUUUUUUACAACUUUGCUUGUAUGUAUUUUGCUUGUGAGAACCAUAGUUGAGCAAGAUGAACACAAGAUUGUGAUGUUUUUUCAUUUUCUUAUAAGAAAAUGUUUAAACACAUGCAUAUUGACAGUAUCACCAAAUGUUUGAAGAACCAGGUCGUCUUAAGUCGUCAUAAUAAACCGAGUGCUUUUAUUAUGCCUUUUUCUGCACGUUCUAUCGGCUCCCUUAUGUAAAGAAAGCCAUUUUCCCACUCAAACUUUCAGGAAAUAAAAUCUUCAGAACAUCUUGCCUUUCUACUCACGCUCAUACUGCUACACAUAUGGCUGUCAGUUCAAAAGAGUACACUUGUACUUUUUCUUGGGUUUGAUGUAUAAUUUGUGCCAAAAAGGCCAACUUGGUUUAAGAGAUGCAAACAUGAAAAAAGUGACUUUCAUCAUCGUUUGCCAUCACUUUGGAUCCUCACUGGCAGGACUCUAGUGCAAAGAGUAAAUCUGCAUUCAUUGUUGCUAAACAGCAAGCAUGGCAAGGCUUGUAUAGAGAUCAGGGCUUAAUUUCAUGAUUUCAUGUCAGCUUCCAGGCCAGUGAAGGCCGCUGUCCUGCAUAAUACUUGCCAUAGACAUGUAACAGUGGGGUUCACAUCAGUGCAUAUUAAAAGGUGUAUAAAGUUGUCUGACAUCCUUAGAGCAUGGUUUUUAUGACCCUCAAACUAAUUGUAAUAACUUAUUUCUAUGUAAUGCCAGACUAAGGGCUGCAUGGGUUCAAGUUGUUGCUACAUAUUUUUUCAUCACAACACAAUCAUUGUCAUCACAAACCACCGUAGCACACAAUUCACUGCCAUCCUGAAAGAAACACUUAUCUUUGAAGUGUGUUCCGGUCACAUCCCAAAGCCACAUAAAGUUACAGUUAUAUUUUUGAACAAGUCUUUUCAGAUUUCAUACAUUCACUUCUGUUCUUUAGUUCCUUCUUUAACUUGAUGCAGCCCUUAGAUAGCAUUAAGAUGGUUUGAAAAUAUUAUCCACAUGGUACUUGGCAAAUGAGAAUAAUAUUGAUGUCUUGUUUCAAAGUUUACAGACUGAACUGGUGUACAAGGGAUGUAAUUAACUCCUGCUUGUUUGAAGUGAUGAAAGGUUUAAGUGAUUUUUUUAAAUAAGGGUAUAAACGGUACUGAACUAAUUAAGACAAACUGGUUCAGUAAAUGUAUCACAUUUUAAGAUGUUACUUUUUUUUACCCUUUUUUGUAAAUAAGCCAAGAUUUCUUUUUGCAGACUUUUUUUAAAAAAAAGAAAAGGAACAUUUAUGGUCUGUGAUAAUUGUAGAUAUUGAAAACUGAAUUUUAUUAUUAAAUCAAGAUCUCUUUAAAUAAAAGUUUUGAGUGAAAA